AUGGUCCAGCAGCUCGACGGGACCUCCAACGAGUGGGGCUGGUGCAAACAAAAGCUCGGGGCAAACGCCAUCCUCGCGGUGUCGCUCGCGGUGUGCAAGGCCGGUGCCAUGGUCAACAAGAUCCCUCUUUACCAGCACAUUGCAAACCUUGCGGGGAACAAGACCCUCGUGCUGCCCGUGCCUGCUUUCAAUGUGAUCAACGGAGGCUCUCACGCCGGGAACAAGCUCGCCAUGCAGGAGUUCAUGAUCCUUCCGACCGGCGCCGCCUCGUUCAAGGAGGCCAUGAAGAUGGGAGUUGAGGUGUACCACCACCUCAAGAGCAUAAUCAAGAAGAAGUAUGGCCAAGACGCUACAAACGUUGGGGAUGAAGGUGGCUUUGCACCUAACAUUCAGGAAAACAAGGAGGGCCUGGAACUGUUGAAGGCAGCUAUAGCCAAGGCUGGCUACACUGGAAAGGUGGUCAUUGGAAUGGAUGUUGCUGCUUCUGAAUUCUACAGCGAGAAGGACCAGACCUAUGACCUGAAUUUCAAGGAGGAUGUGAAUCAGAUAGGCUCGGUGACUGAGAGCAUCGAGGCCGUGAGCAUGUCGAAGCGCGCCGGGUGGGGAGUGAUGGCGAGCCACAGGAGUGGUGAGACAGAGGACACCUUCAUCGCCGACCUCUCGGUCGGCCUGGCCACGCCUUCGGCUGAAACAGAGCUUCAAAUCCUUACACUUUUUACUGCAUUGGGUGACACCAUGGUCAUAUCUUUCUCCGCUUGCUUGUUGCAGGGCCAGAUCAAGACUGGAGCUCCCUGCAGGUCCGAGCGUCUGGCCAAAUACAACCAGGUAUACAUAUGGGCGGCAUGA